UUUUAUUUUGAUGAUCAUAACCUGAAAUUUGUUAUUAUUGUACGCAGUUCGUUUUGAAGAACAUUUGUAGAAAACAAUGGAAUUGGAAAACGUGAAUCCGAACGUUUACAACAAAGUGAACGAGAGAUUGAUCACUGCUGAAGAACAGGAUGACAAUGUCGUGGAUGAGAUUGAUACCAGAGAGGUGUUUGAUUUGAUUCGCGGCAUAAACGAUCCCGAGCAUCCUCUCUCGCUCGAGGAAUUGCACGUGCUGGAGGAGAGUCUGAUCGAAGUGGACAAUGACAGGAAUUUGGUUAGAGUGCUGUACACUCCAACGAUUCCACACUGCAGCAUGGCCACAUUGAUUGGUCUCUCCAUACAUGUAAAGUUGCUCAGAUGUCUGCCAGGUAGAUUCAAAGUGACUGUGGAAAUAAACCCUGGUACCCAUGCAUCCGAGCACUCUGUUAACAAACAGUUGGCAGAUAAGGAGAGGGUUGCUGCAGCCCUGGAGAACCGCCACCUGAUCAAGGUGAUCAACCAGUGCAUAGUCAGCAAUUAAAUUAAACGUUUGUAAGAUUUACACAAUCGUGAUCUUUAAUUUACAAUCUAAGGAAUCAUAAUAUGUUAAGCUAAUAUAAAUAUUGUACAAAAAGUA